GUAACAACAGCCGUCACCAAAUCACCGGACCGUUUCCAUCUGUCAAAUUGAUUUUUGUAUCCGAAUUUUCGGCUUCCAAGAAAUUUCACCAAAUAGCGACGAAAAGCGCAACAAGCGACAACGACCACCCCACGAUCACGAAGAAUCCCAAUUGCGACAUAUCCGCGGCGGAGGUGCGAUUAACAGCGAAUAAUCGCCCAGGGGAAUUCGGGAGGGAGAAACGAGAGGAGAAGAAUGAAGCUAUACUAAACCGACCUCACAUAUAAACCUCGCUCUCCUUCCGAAAUGCGGUCUCUCGCUCUAGCAGCUCUCCCGCGAGCCCGCGGCUGCAAAGCUGCGACAAAAGCAGCCUCAACUUUACAAUCACUCGCAACAAGAAGAACCUUCACCUCCCUCCCCACCCUCCGUCCAACGCCCCUCACCCCCAACACCAGCAUAUUCCGGUCCUCCAGCCUCCCACAAAGCUCCUUAUACCCCCCCACACCCACCCCGAGCAGCAACAGCAGCGCAGUCCUCGACCUAGUCCCCAAAACCGCAAUAACCACGCACCCCUCACUCGCCCACUGCGCGGCACAAAUGCGGUUCGGACCCCGCGCGGGCAACCUAGCGCGCACGAGCCGGCUGAAGCGCAAGAGGAAACACGGGUUCCUGAGCCGCUUGCGCACGCGGAACGGCCGCAAGACGCUGCAGCGGAGGAAGGCGAAGGGGAGGCUUUUCUUGUCGAAUUAGACUUGGCCCGCUUAUCUACGUACUCGAUGCUUACUCGAAUACUCUGGGUUGGGAUGGGAUUUGGGGUGGGAGAUGAGAAUCUCUUGAAAGAAAGGAAUUCGGCAAUGUGGAUGUGAUGGGGCUAUGGGAUGAGCAGGUUGGUUGGUUGGUUGGGCGUAUGUGCCAUAUCUCGAGUGGUGAGCGGAUGAAGGUGUGUACUAUAUACUACACAUAGAACUGUAUAUUUCAAAAUCACCUAUGAAUGAAAAGGUCUCAUAUCAA